AGAAAUAGGCAGGGUACUUACGCGUGCGGACUCACAAGAGAUCCUACCACCAGUAAAAAAGUUUUACAAGCUGACAGAAUUUUUUAUGAGAAAUUAAAAUAAUAAGAAUCAGUUCGAACUUAUUUAUUACGAUGAUACUAAUAUGUAUUAUAAAACAAACUAUAAACCGUUCGCCGAUAACGAGGAGUCACGAAUUCAUCGACAUCCUCAAUAAGCGAACAGUGUUGUUGUCUUCAGUGUAUCUAAGUAUUUUGUGAGCGACACACCACAUACACGCAUGUUUCAAAUCGAGUAACGUAUUGAGUGCUAUCUUAAAAAUCAUCAACAAAUAUGACCGAAAUUAAACUAACUGUUCAAGCUCCCACAUUAGUAAAUCGAGACUUUGUCAAGCCCACGCUGUGUGGUCCAGGCCCCUGUGACGUCUGGCCCUCAGUUAAUGAGGCUCUCACCAAACCAGUUAUUUCGCCAAUUUGCGAUGAACAUUUCUACGUACUAGAUGACAUUCGCGCCGGGUUGAAGUAUGUUUUUCAGACAAACUGCGACACAGUUCUCGCCCUCAGUGGAUCUGGUCACGGUGGUAUGGAGACUGUUAUAAAUAAUUUGGUCGGACCCGGUGAAACUUUGCUGGUAGCCAAGAGGGGCUUUUGGUGUGAGCGUGCUCUUGAAAUGGCUAAGAGAUACGGAAUCAACACUAUAACAACGACUGUACCGAUGAACGAGACGUUUAGUUUGCAACAGCUAGAAAAUGAGCUAAGAAAACACCGUCCAACCGCUUUGUUUAUAGUCCACGGCGAUUCAUCUACUGGAAUAGUACAAAACUUGAAAAGUGUGGGCGAAUUAUGUCAAAGAUAUGGCACCCUUUUGCUGGUCGAUACGGUAGUGUCGCUGGUUGGUGUACCAUUCUUUAUGGACGAUUGGAAAAUAGACGCGGUUUAUACUUCAACCCAAAAAGCUUUCAGCGGCCCAGCUGGCAUCAGUCCUGUAGCUUUCAGUGAUCGUGCUCUGAACAAAAUCAACAACAGAACUCAUCAACCUCCUUUCUAUUUUGACGUCAAACUAUUGAGCCAACAAUGGAAUUGUUACGGUAGUACAAGAGUAUAUCAUCACACUCUAAGUUCUCCGCUAUUGUGGGCGCUACGGCAAUGUCUGCAGGAAGUCAUCAAAGAGACUUUACCCAGAUCUUGGGCCCGACAUGCUGCAACCACUAAACACUUCCUCAAAAGAGUAGAACAGCUCUCCUUAAAGACCUUUGUACCGAAACCGGAGGAUCGCUUAAUGACCGUCACAACGGUAGUCUUGCCCAAAGGAUAUGAUUAUUUACAAUUCUCUAAAUAUAUGAGAGAGAAAUACAAUAUCUUAAUAUUUCCCGGCAUCGGUCAAACUGUAGGUAAAACCCUACGUAUUGGACUUAUGGGUGUCAACUCUACAAUACAAGUCGCCGAUGCUGUUGCAGACGCUGUGGCAGGUACACUGAUCGCUUUGAAGAAAUCCUCCUUAUAAAUUUAAUAAUCUUCAUUUUUACUUGUACGUUACGUGUUGCAGAUUGAAUCGUUCAAUUUUCGAAAAUGCAUAUUACUGUUUUAUUCUUAAUGAGUUAGUUAAUAGAGAGUAAUGUACCUAAUAAUAUAUGAAGGCUAUAAAUAUCAAUCCAAUCAAUCCAAUAAUGUGCUUUUUUUUUAGUCAAAAUAUCAAACUUGGAACCAAAUAAAAACUAACUGUCUGGGUUGAACUGAUUGAACUCGGGUGUUGUAUAUCUAUACAUAAUAUUAUAAAGCUGAAGAGUUUGUUUGUUUGUUUGUUUGAACGCGCUAAUCUCAGGAACUACUGGUCCGAUUUGAAAAAUUAUUUCUGUGUUAGUUCAGUGUCAGUUAGUAUUUCAGUUAGAUAGCCCAUUUAUUGAGGAAGGCUAUAAGCUAUAUAACAUCAAGCUAAGAUAAGAGCACCAAUAAAAAAAUGUUUCAAAA